UUAAACCUCACACCCUAAGGAAAAAAAAAAGAAAAAAGAAAAAGAAAAACGAAAUACAGAACCAUUCUUCGCCAACUACCCUUUUUCUUGAUCCUUAACCAGUUGACUUCCAACAUAUCCCUCAGCACCAAACCAGAUAAUAUAUAUAGGAUAUAGUUUCUAGCAUUACACCCAAAACAUACCAUAAACAAAGCCAUGGCAUCCAACACCUUCGCCUUCCUCUUCUCCAUCCUCUCCUUCCUCUCCUUCUUCACCAAAACCUACGUGCAAGCAAGGGAGUACUCGGUCGGCGACAACGGGCGUUGGGACCAAGGAGUCAACUACCUCACAUGGUCUCAGAAGUACAACUUUACCGUCGGCGAUGUUCUAGUUUUCAUCUACGUCAAGGGCCAGCACAACGUGUACCAGGUGACCGAGGAAACCUACCGAUCGUGCAAUUCAAGCUCGGGCGUGAAGGCCAUCCAUGACAGUGGCAAUGAUCGAGUGACUCUCACCGAGGCCACUCAAUAUUGGUUCAUAUGUGAUACUAAAGGCCACUGUAAAGGUGGUAUGAGAUUUGGUAUCAUAGUUGAGAACUCAACAGUGGCGAAAAUGCCGUCCGCGCCAUCCCCAGAUGAUUUUAUGCCUCCAGCUCCGGCGGGAAAUGGAGCGGGGAGAGGGAGGAGUUGGUGGGUGUUGGGUGUCUUGUUUGGGCUCUUCUUGGUUGCCUGAGGUGUUUUCAUGUCAUUAGUGUUACUAUCAAAAUUGAAAUUAUUGGUUGCAUUGACUUUUGUAUUACUUGCUUGGUUUGAGAUUUUUGUUUUAUUAAUGAGGCUAAAUUGCACUCAAAUACCUAGAAGUCU